AUGCCGGAUGGAGGUUUGAUCGUUCUUUUGGCCGCAAUCGCCUUGACCCAUGCCGCCUCGAUCGGCGGACGCAUCAACUCCAAGGCCAGGGACUGCGAUAGCCCGAUCUACUGUACCGGCCCGUUACUGCAAACGGUACAACUUGCCGAAAUCUUCCCUGACAGCAAAACCUUCGUCGAUCUUCAUCAGUUACAGGAUCCGGAGCAGACCCUCGCCAAUUUCUACAAUCUGAUGAAUGAAACAAACAGCAAACCGAGUCGAGCGCAGGUAACUAAGUACGUUAAUGAAAACUUCGCCUCGUCGAACGAGCUUGUGAACUGGACACUGCCGGAUUGGACGGAGAACCCCUCGAUACUGCAGCGUGUUCAAGAUCCAAAUUAUCGCGCAUGGGUGAAGCAACUUAACGAUGUUUGGAAGAACUUGGCGAGGAAGAUGAGCGACGACGUGGCUGAAAAUCCACAAAGACAUAGCUUGAUCUACGUAAAGAAUGGAUUUAUCAUCCCCGGUGGUCGAUUUAAAGAGUUUUACUACUGGGACAGUUACUGGGUGAUCGAAGGCCUACUAUUAUCGGACAUGUAUCAAACCGCCAAGGCAAUGAUAGACAAUUUCGUGUACAUAGUGGAGAAAUAUGGAUUCAUACCCAACGGUGGCAGAAUUUAUUACCUCAUGAGAAGCCAGCCACCCCUGUUACAUCUUAUGGUUUCCAGGUACUUGGAUUUUACGAGGGAUUACGCUUACCUGCGGUCGAUUAUACCUUCCCUGGAGAACGAGUUCGCCUUCUGGCAGAACGAGAGAAUGAUCAGUGUUCAGAAAAACGGGAAGACUUACAAGAUGGGACAUUAUGUCGUUGACAGCCCAAGACCCCGACCGGAGAGUUACAGAGAGGACUAUCAGAUAGCACAGGGACUGCCCGAGGAAUCACAGGCUUUCUUUUACAACAACGUAAAAGCUGGCGCCGAAAGUGGCUGGGACUUCUCCAACAGGUGGUUAAAAGGAUACAUCGCGGACAGCGGGCUCGGUUUAGUGAACAUCUCGACGGAGUACAUUGUACCUGUCGACCUCAAUGCCAUUCUGCAACAAAACGCACGACUCCUCAGCGAAUUUCAUAAGUAUUUGGGGAACUUCAGGAAAGCUGCGUCCUACGAAAAAGUUGCAGCGCAGCUACAGCAGGCGAUCGACAAUGUCUUGUGGAACGAGGAGGAAGGAAUCUGGUUGGACUACGACGUGCAGAAUAAUCGACCCAGAAAUACAUUUUACCCUUCGAAUCUUGCGCCAUUGUACACGAAAAGCUACAACCAACAGAAACGAGAGGAAUACGCGUCGUCCGCCGUGAAAUAUUUGAAAUCGCAGAAAAUCGACAGUUUCUUCGGUGGUACACCCACGUCCCUAAACUACACAGGAGAACAAUGGGAUUAUCCGAAUGCGUGGCCACCAUUGCAAUCGUUCAUCGUAACGGGUCUGUAUAUGACUGGUGAGAAGGAAGCGAUGCUAUUUUCCGAAGAACUGGCAGACAGAUGGGUCAGCUCCAACUAUGCUGGCUAUAAUGAGACCGGAAUGAUGUACGAAAAAUACAGCGCAAUUAUUCCUGGCCAAGGCGGUGGCGGCGGGGAGUACACCGUUCAAACGGGUUUCGGCUGGACGAACGGCGUGGUCUUCGAGUUUCUGAGCAUGUAUCCGUACUUGACGUACAAGGACACGCCGAUGCUUGCUGACUCGAGUGUUAGAAACGUCGGACAAUAGCAGGUUUUAUUGACGGCAAUGCAACGUGUAUUUUCCAACGAAUCUAGUCUAUACGGAAAAACAGGGCAGC